CAUUUUGCUAGACAGUUAUAGUUGGGUACUCUCUAUAUCCAUUAAAUUCAAGCCCACCAAAUAUAUAUCUUUCUACCAUACCAUUUAUUGUGAUCAUAGACAGACCUCUGCAAAAUUGAUUAUACAUACAGUACAAGGUCAUAUAUCACAUGUUAUAAGUUAUAACAAAACACACACACACACACUAGUGAGAUCUUGCAAGAUAUGGGGUCAUGGUUUGCAAGAUCAAGAAACAUCCCAUAUUUGCUCAAGAGAAACAUCUCUUUCUUACAUGCAAAUUCUUCUUGCAAGACCUUGCCUCCUUACCAAAGCUCUCAUGGGUUCCGGGAGAGUCCGGCCGCCUCCAUCUUGUCGUUCCGGAGGUUGGAAUCCGCCAUGGCCGGAAAACAAGCUCAAGCUGUAGCUUACACUGAUGAUGAAGUUGAUGAUGGUGAAAACCAGAGCAUAGAAUUUCCUGGUGGAAGGGUUGGAUUCACUACUCAAAUGCAAUUCAUUUCAGAAGCCACUGACAAAAGAGUGCCUUGUUAUCGUGUUCUUGAUGAUGAUGGCUUUCCCAUUGCUGGCACUAAAUUUGAGCAGCUGGACGAAGAAACGGCAGUGAAGAUGUACAAAAGCAUGGUGAGCCUUCAAAUAAUGGAUACCAUCUUCUAUGAAGCACAACGGCAAGGGAGGCUGUCGUUUUACUUGACCUCAACGGGCGAGGAGGCGAUCAACAUUGCAACCGCUGCCGCACUCUCACCUGAUGACGUUAUAUUGCCACAGUACCGGGAGCCCGGGAUCCUGCUAUGGCGCGGUUUCAGCAUUGAGGAGUUUGCCAACCAAUGUUUUGGGACUAAAGAUGGUCAUGGGAAAGGCAGGCAGAUGCCAAUACACUAUGGCUCCAAGGACCUCAAUUUCAUCACUAUUUCAUCACCAAUCGCGACACAGCUGCCUCAAGCUGCUGGCGUCGCCUACUCUCUCAAGAUGGACGGGAAGGAAGCGUGUGCGGUUGCUUUCACAGGGGAUGGUGGCACCAGUGAGGGAGAUUUUCAUGCUGCUAUGAAUUUCGCAGCAGUGAUGGAAGCCCCGGUGUUGUUUAUAUGCCGCAACAACGGAUGGGCUAUAAGCACCCCAGUUUCAGAGCAAUUUAGAAGCGAUGGGGUAGUUGUGAAGGGGCAGGCGUACGGAAUUCGUAGCAUUCGCGUCGAUGGGAACGAUGCUCUCGCCGUUUAUAGCGCGAUCCGUGCAGCUCGGAUGAUGGUCGUGCGCGAACAGAAGCCCGUGCUAGUUGAGGCACUUACAUAUCGAGUAGGGCAUCACUCGACAUCAGACGAUUCCACAAAAUACCGAUCAGUGAACGAGAUUGAGCAGUGGAAAAGGACCAGAAAUCCAAUGACCAGAUUCAGAAACUGGGUUCAAGCAAAUGGCUGGUGGUCAGACGAGGAAGAAACCGAGCUUCGUGGGACCCUCCGGAAGCAGGUGUUGAAGGCCAUUCAAGUCGCUGAGAAAACAGAGAAACCGAGUCUCGGAAAUUUGUUCAGCGAUGUGUAUGACAAGGUGCCCUCAAAUUUGCAAGAACAAGAGAAAUCUCUGAGACAAACCAUCAAAACACAUAAGCAAGACUUCCCAGCUGAUGUGCCUCUCUAGUUUUCUUGUUUCACAAUUUCUCAUCCAUCUAUGUAUGUAUGUAUGUGUAUGUAUGUAUGUAUGCAUUGGAUUUAGUAAAUGUGUUAUUGCAAUUGUAACAAAAUAAAAUCAAGAAUCCAAGAUUAACAUA